GCGCAUUCCUGCACAGCGCUCACAGCGGAGGACGAGCCGCGGUGAAACCAGAACACAACGCCUCACAGGGGCUGGGAGCUCACCUAAAACCUCAAAUUGGAGGUGGAGGAAGUGCCGGGUGUCGCCUGAACAUAGCGGUUACAUGUGCUGCAACCUCGGCUGAGGGUAACGUUGUGUGUUCGAGCACUGUAGCCGCGAUGUCGGAGUUUCUGGUGAGUGUAUUCGGGGAGCGGCUCGUCAACAGCGAGAAAGCCGAGGUGGAUGUGCAGUCGCUGGGCGCCAAGCUAUCCCUGGUCGGGCUGUUCUUCGGAUGCAGCCUGAACGCCCCGUGCAAGCAGUUCAACGGCAGCCUGUGCGAGUUUUACAGCAGGUUCAAAAAGGCGUCUGAACAUAAGGACAAAUUGGAAAUCGUCUUCAUCUCGUCUGAUCAGGACCAGAAACACUGGCAAGACUUUUUGCAGGAGAUGCCAUGGCCUGCCUUACCUUUCAAAGACAGACACAAAAAGAUGAAGCUGUGGAACAAAUACAAAGUAACUAGUAUCCCAUCUCUGGUGUUUGUGGACGCAGCCACGGGGAAGGUGGUGUGUCGAAAUGGUCUACUGGUGGUCAGAGAUGACCCUAAAGGCCUGGAGUUCCCUUGGGGGCCAAAGCCAUUUGCGGAGGUGGUGGCAGGGCCUCUGCUCAGGAACAACAGGCAGACAACAGACAGCAGCUCUCUGGAAGGCCACUAUGUGGGCGUCUACUUCUCAGCACACUGGUGCCCGCCAUGCCGCAGUUUGACCCGAGUCUUGGUGGAAUCAUAUCGAACCGUCAAAGAGUCGGGUCAGAAGUUUGAGAUUGUGUUUGUCAGCGCCGACAGGUCAGAGGAGUCCUUUAUGCAGUACUUCAGCGAGAUGCCGUGGUUGGCGGUGCCAUAUUCAGACGAGGCUCGGCGGUCACGACUCAACAGACUUUAUGGAAUACAAGGUAUUCCCACACUGAUUCUGCUAGACACAGAGGGUCACAUGAUCACGCGACAGGGCCGCGUGGAGGUGCUGAACGACCCAGAGUGCCGGCUCUUUCCCUGGCACCCUCGGCCCGUGCUCGAGCUCAGCGAGUCCAACGCUGUGCAGCUCCACGAGGGGCCCUGUCUCGUCCUGUUUGUGGACGCUGAGGAGGAAGGUGAAUUGGAGCCAGCAAAGGAGCUGAUUCAGCCAAUUGCGGAGAAGCUUAUGGCCAAGUACAAAGCCAAGGAGGAGGAGAUGCCGCUGCUGUUCUUUGUGGCUGGAGAGGACGACAUGAGUGACUCCCUGCGGGACUACACUAACCUCCCAGAAGCAGCUCCUCUUCUCACCAUCCUGGACAUGUCGGCCCGUGCAAAGUAUGUUCGCGACGUAGAAGAGAUCACGCCGGCCGAAGUGGAGCAAUUUGUCGGUGAUUACCUGGCUGAAAAGCUCAAACCAGAGCCCAUCUAAAGAGGAAGUCCAAAUAUAAGUCGGACAUACUA